AUGGCCGACUCCAUGUGUGGACCUUCAAAUGCGCUCCAGAACUUCCAGAAGCAUAGUACCGUAGACCGGACAUUGCAACAAGACCGCCUAAUCUCGCGGCAUUCACCUGCGCAGGGCUUUCGUUCCUCUCCUGGUCCCAAUGCCGGCCUUCUAGAUCCAGAUUUCGAAGCGUUCCAAGCAGGGCAACUACCUCUUGACCAGAGCCACCAACCACAAGGCUUCUCACACGCUCCCCAGAACUUCCAACAGCCCGUACCCUCAGGCUGGGCAUCCGACUUUCAACAACUACAUAUCUCAUCUCCACCUCCUCAGUUCCAACGACAACCGUUCAAUCCACAAGUACAACAAAGACAAAAUGAAGGAGGGUGGCAUGAAGAGUUCGCACGGCAGCAAGGCCAGAUGUCGGGAAUGGGUCAGAUGCCUAGCCAAAUGAAUCCUCAAUUUCGGCCUAUGGGUGGGCUAAACAUGACAUCUCAGUAUAUGGGAGGCUUUGCGCAACCCCAAGCAAGCAUUUCAGCGUCUCAGCAAACACAGCAGCCUAUAGAGGCCUCCGAUGAGGCAUUCGCUCGGGCAUUCGAGGAAGCAGAGAGAGCAGCGGCUCUCGAGGCCGGUCAGGAGACGAGUCAAGAGCAAAGUGUCGAAAUGGGCCAAGACAUUCUUAUCAAUGAAUCUGCAGAGAGACUUAUGGAGGAUUCUUCCGAUUUACUGGACCAGCAACGAAUUGGCGCAGACACAAUCCACGAUCCUCUAGAUCAAACGUCAGAAGCACGAGAGCAGCAGAAUAAUCCAGAUGAUCUGUCCAAGACUGCCGGUCAGUUGUUGAAUAGUGUGCAGAAGGACCAAAGUACCAAGUUUCAAAACAGUCAAUUUCUACAGUUGAUGCGUUUGUUUAGAGACAAAGAGGCUACGGUUGAAGGUGAUCAAGUUGUGGCGCUCGGGACGGGGAUGCGUCAAGAUGCUCUGAAGGUCACACCUUGA